GCAUUGGAGAAUGCAUCGGCCAGUGCUUCAGCGGAAGAGGAAGCGAAAGGAAGUGGUCAAGAAACUCAUGGCCAGCCCUGAUCAGAGUGGAUAUGAGUGGAUGGUCAUCACGGUGGAGAACGACCCGGUGCAUGCUGUCAUUGCCAUGUGCCUCGUGGCGUUGGCUGGACAAUCCCACGGCGUGAAGGUGCUGAUUGGCCACAGCUUGUCCCUGCUGCCGCGGCUGGUCACUGCUGGUGGCCGUUUUGGAGGAGUCUUUAUGGAUACGCGCGGCUCGCGCUAUGAUCAGGAGGUCGCUUUGAUGAUCGAGCACGACCUUUUGGCGCCGCACGCCGUGCUGGUGGCAGACAACGUCUUAAAGCCGGGGACACCGCUCUUCUUGUGGCUCGUGAUGAGGGAUGCGCGCUUUCAGACCCAGAUCCACGCAGUCAACGAGUUCGCCAUGCCGGCGAAGGAUUGGAUCUCAGUGAGCAUCUAUGACCCGAGAGAGGAUGGAGGUGCUCCACAGGCUCCGCCCGAGCUGUUCCGUCUGCAUGAGGCGGCUGAGGAGAUGCGCACUCGCGCGCUGUCGCACGUGCGCAGCGUGACGUAUGCUGAAUGGGCGCGUUUUGCUCAAGAGAUGGAGCAACGCUUGGAUGACUUGGGCAUUCGACCGACGGAAAAAAAGGGCCCCAGAGGUUCAUCGCCGGUGCAUGCAGCCAGGAUGCUUUGGAUGGCCAUCACACGCUGUGCGCUACAAACGAAGCGAUCCGCAGUCCGCCAGACAGUGAUGCAACGCAAUAGACUGACAGAUUGUGAGGUCUACGAGUCACUGCCAGGUGUGAUCGACAAAAGCGCACACGACAAGCCAAUGUACGAUUAUGCGGCCAAGUGGGCAAACAUCUACAGAACCCGGCUGCUUCAGCACGGCUAUCAGGAGUUUGUCCAAAAGCGGCCGAUCAAGACAUAUGGCUUUGUCAUCAGGCACUUCUACACGACGGAGAAAGUCAGGCAGCAGCUGUGGGACGACAUUCGCGUCACGGAGGGCUUGCGGUAUGUUGAGCAAACUAUGCACAGCCGGAUCGUGCAAACGCUUCAGGCUGUACGCAUAUUUGUUCUCAACUCGCUGGGGUCGGAGCGUGAAGCGAUCUCUGCCAGUGUCGCCACUCGGAAUCCCGAGCACGCGCCAGAAUUGCUGAUUUUCGCCCACAACCCGCAAGUCACAUAUGACGAAUAUUUCGUCCUAUGCAAACAAUCGCCGUGGUCAUCGAUCUCCUAUCCUGGCUAUGCCUGGGCUCUGACACGGGACUCGGCCCUGCCUGUGGGAGCAAAGGAGUACUACAACAGCCGCUGUCAAUUCCUCUACGUGUAUUAUUUGGCGCUGUGCAGCCUGAAGAACGCACUCAGCACAGUCGUUGUCCUGAGGGUGUUCAUCGCAGCCUUCGACUGGUUGGCCCCGACCGCGCCACUCACCUUGGAAGUUGCCAUGGCCAGCAAACAGCAUGCCUUGUCCCACUUGCUGGAUGAAGCCGGUUGGAGCGCCCAACUUGCCAACGCCAGUGUGACUGGCCGUGCGACUCUUUUGUCCGAAGCGUCGGUUGGGGGUCGGGCCUUCCUCAACGCAGUGCCCCACGGCCGCACCCGCAUGGAACCAGCCAGCUUCGUGUCUGAACUUCGAGCGCGACUCCAAGUGCCCGACGCCGAUGUGGAUACUUGGUGCCCCCUUUGCGAUUCGGUCCUUGACCAGUACAGCCACCAUGCCAGCAUGUGCAUGGCUGGCGGAGAGCGCACCCAACGGCAUCAUGCAGUCCGCGACCUGGUCUACGCAUGGGCUCAGCGUGGAGGUUUAAGACCUGAACGUGAGCGGCCUGGCUUGCUUCUCCCCGCUAGCCCAGAUGACACCAGCAGCAAUGCCAACCGCCGCCCGGCUGACGUGUACCUGCCCGCUUUUGCCGGGUCUCCCACCGCAUUUGAUUUUGCCAUCACGGCACCCCAGCGGCAGGAGACCCUGGCUCAGGCGAGCCGGCGCACGGCGGCUGCGGCCGAAGCCUACGCUCGGCACAACGAGCUUCACCUGCACACGGCCCAGGCUUGUGCUGCACAGGGCGUCCACUUCACCCCCCUGGUGCCCGAAUGCACUGGAACGUGGGACCCUGCCGCCAUGAAAGUCCUCAAGCACGUGGCACAUGCCGUUGCCGCGCGCACGGGCGAGGAGCCCGCUGUGUGCUACAACAUUCCUACCCCUUUAAGAGCUAGCGGUGGCCCUCCGAUCUUUUCGGGCUCGGGCAGUUCUCCGACGCCGAUUCGAUGGCUCCCCGGCGCUGUGGGACGUCACGAGGUGGGACGUCACGAGUUCGACGACGACGGGUCCGGAGAUGGGAGGGUUUUCCAGCGCCAGGUGACGUUGGGUUGUCUCCCCGAACUGGUGACGUUGGGCAUCAGUUACUUGAGCAGUUGCUUGGUGGACUUUCACGUUGAGUUCUGUUUGAAGAGCUGCCAUUUGCCACCUUUGGACGAUGGCAUUGAUUGGCAGAAGUCGCAAGACAUCUUCGAUGAAGCCUUGACACGUUGGCCCAGCUUGACGCCAGUCAGCCCGGACUUUGCGCCUUUGCAGGACUUCCUCUUCGAGUCGCUGCAGCUCCGGAGCAGCUGCGAGGCGACGGCCUUGAUCAGCCAGCUACUACUGGUGGCCUUGUCAACACCUGAGGCGAAGCAGAAGGUCGCCCCUGUGUUGGAGCUUCCGGACACGACUGGAACCUCCAUGGCAGCCUGGGUGGCCAACUGGUUCCUAUCACUGGCGGAUCCCAGCUCAUUGUCUUUGUCCGGAUGGCACAUCUUCUUCGACGCGGUGCUGCUGGCCUUGUCCGCCGCGGGCGUCGACGCCGACGCGGAGUGCAGCGAUGCCUGGGGUGAAGCGGAGGGCGACGGAGCGAUGGCGGUGAGGUUGCUGAAGCACCUGGAUCUCACAGCACCGGACCAUUCCUGGCGUGCUGCGGUCCAGCAGCGCCUGGUGAAGGAUCGCCUGCGCCGCAGCUUCGAACUCUUCCGUGGCCUCCGAGUGUCGCCUCUGACCCUCCCGUGCGCGCGCGCCGCCGCCCGCGCGCACGCCGCGGUGGCGCGCACGGUGCGGUACCAGGCCUGGACGGCCAAGCGGCUCGAAUGGAAGCGCCUGCCAGCAGCCCGCUUUCCCGACGAGGCUCCUUCCGCCAACCCACGCGUCUCACAGCAACCCACGCGCACGGCGGUGUGCGUGGUGGGUCAGCCCCGCGCGAUGUUCGGUUCCUGGUUCGGGCCGUUGGCACGCCCCUUGGUGGGUCGACGAACGGACGAAAUACUGGAGUUGGUCAUCACACGGCUCAAGAGGGCCUAA